AUGUUGUUACUGGCAUCUUUCGUUGCCAUUACGGUGGCCGGGCUUCUCAUAUUGGUGACCAAACAUGUAUACGUGUAUUACAGAGAUGCUAAAGACCUACGACGCUUUCCUGGAUUGAAUGUUUUGGCACCUUUUACCAAUAUACCAUACAUGUUCCAUGCGUCACAGUGUCGGAGGUUCAAAGCUGUACAUGAUGCUCACGAGAGAUGUGGCCCCAUCGUUCGUGUGGGUCCGAAUUCUCUCUCUUUCAACGACGUCGCUGCAGUCCGAGCCAUUUACGGUCACGGAUCACCUGUACGGAAGGACGAAUUUUACGAUCUCUUGUCAGGGACUCACCGGCACCUGGCAGAUGUUGCUGAUAGAGAAGAGCAUUCUCGAAAGCGUCGCGUCCUGGCGGGAGCUUAUUCGCAGGCUGGGUUGGAACGAUGGGAACAUGUUGUCGCAGACAGGACCGCUGCCUUAAUUCGACAAUAUGACCGUCUCUGCGACGAGCCUGAAUAUCAACCUACGCCACAUGCCGACCCAGCACUCACUCCUCAGGCUGUCAAAGGCUUCAUCAACCACCGAAACUGGAUGGGCAUCUUCGCCGAGGAUGCCAUUGCCCAAAUUGGUCUCACCGCUGACCUCAAGCUUCUCGAGGCCGGUAGUGAUGUUGUCACGGUCAGAGAUUUGAAAGGACAAGAAUACAGCUUCAGCUAUCGCGAAGCUCUUUGGUACUCUCACCGUAUCCAGUCUUGCCUGGUGUGGUCACCAAAGUGGUUCUCGCGUCUUGUUCGCCUGACAUCGUGGCAUCCGUGGUGGGCCCAUGACACUGAUUACACCAACAUGUGCAUCCACAUGGUACAAAGGCGUUUGGCGCGGUAUGAAGCCGGGGAACAACUGGACGAUUUCUUCACGUACCUCUUGGAAGACAAGCAAGGUUAUGCCAACAUGUACCCAAUGGGCGAGCUCGUGGCCGAGUGCAGCAUUAUGCUGAAUGCCGGCUCAGACACGACAGCCACGGCGUUGACGAACGUGAUGUACUGGCUACUAAAGAAUCCUUCUUGCCUGGCUAAGCUCCGCGCCGAAGUCGAUUUGGCAAUGGAUCCGGAUGAAACGGUUCCUGCCUAUGACAGGGUCAAGCAUCUCCCAUAUCUACGUGCAUGUCUGGACGAGAGCUUACGCAUGACGCCGCCAAACACAAUGAAUAUCCCCCGCAUGACGCCUCCUCAGGGUAUGUCUAUUAUGGGCCACUGGAUUUCUGGCAACACCACCGUACACGCCCCGACAUAUAGUGUACAUCGCAACCCAGACGUUUUCCCAGAUCCGGAAGCGUACAGGCCUGAACGGUGGCUGGUGGAGGGUUCCAAAGACUUACAGCCACAUUUCAUCACGUUCAGUGCUGGUGCCAGAGGCUGUAUCGGGAGAAAUAUCACGUAUCUAGAACAGACAAUGGUGUUGACGAGCUUGGUGCAUCGGUUUGAGUUCGAACUGCUGAGCGAGGCCUGGGAACUAAGGCACACUGAAGCGUUCACAUGUUCGCCUGGUGAUAUGCCCCUCAAAGUUUCCAAAAGGGUGAUUUCUAAGGAACUCAGCAUGUAA